AUGGCUUGUUCAAGAUGGGUUUCCAUUGUCGCGUUCCCACUCCUUGGAUUUAUUGUUCUGGGGAAGGCUGAUGCAUUCCACCUGCUGCAAUUCCCUCCUAAUAACCGUGCGGUUGGCAGUUCAUCGGCCACCACCAGAAACAAAUGCAACAUCAAGCGCACUACUGGGAGUAGUAGAGAUCUGUACAAGAGUUGCAAUGAUACCGAAGCAAGCACUGGUCGCAGGUCCUACUUGGGAAAAGCGGCUGCCAUGGCUGCUGCAACUCUGUUCACAAACGCACCCGUUGCUCAUGGAGAGAUCACAGAGGAUAGCCAAUGGCCACUUUGGCCAGCACUGCCAGUGGCACCGUACUCUCGGCGAAGGACGAUUCGCCAGGAAGUUGUGCCAGGAGCCGUGUGGACAUUUGAUCAGGUUAUUGGCAUCUAUUAUGUGUUUGUGCCUAUUCGAAUGACAGUGACAGCAUCCAAAGGCCUAAAAGGAUUGGUUGUCUAUGCUCCAGCGGCUCCUACCAAAGAAUGCUUGAACUUGCUGCAAGAAUUGAUUGACGUUCAUGGGCCAGUCAAAGCCAUCAUUUUGCCAACCGUCGCUGUGGAACACAAGGUCAAUGCGGGACCCUUUGCACGACAAUUCCCGAAUGCCCUCUUUUAUGUCACGGAUCGUCAGUACAGUUUUCCAAUCAGCCUUCCAGGGCAAUUUUUGGGGUUUCCGUCAUGGACCCAACCAUUGCCAGUCAGCAGUGAGGAGGGCAACAAUAAUCCUUUGGGACCAGACUUUUCUUGGGAGGUUAUCAGUGUCAAGCCAGGGCCGGCUUCCCAGUAUCAAGAUGUUGCUUUGCUACACAAACCAUCCAAAUCCUUGAUGAUUUGUGACGCCCUCUUUGCAACGACUGCAGAACCACCAUCAAUCCUCACACAGGAACCAGAGUACACACGAGCGCUCUUGUUUCAUGCCCGCGAAGAAAAGGACGAAAUUGUUCCAGACACACCCGAGAAUCGUCGCAAAGGUUGGAGACGAAUCGUGCUCUUGUUCAACUUUUUCUUUCCCGGAUCCGGAGUCGCUGACUUGGGCGACAAUGGAAAACCUACAAUUUAUACCAUUGUUCAGAUCAUUCUUUCCCGAGAUCCCGCUGCAGUCACAACCUGGGUCAAUAAAGUAGGGCAGUGGGACUUUGUUCGCGUCAUUCCGGCUCAUUUGGAUGCUCCAUUGGCGGUUGGCCCAAGCCAGUUUCGUGACACCUAUGACUUUCUGCAACGAGAUCCAUCAGGAGGAAACGAGGUUCGAUACUGCGACGAGGAUGUGGCAUUCUUGCGAAAGGCAGAGGAAGGAUUCUUGAGCUUUUCCGUGUAUCCAUCCAAAUUCGGAGCCCUGCGAGGGCGAAACGGUGAUUGUGGGUUGGUGAAUUGA